ACGUUCCAGUCACUUCCGGGCAGAUCAUAGGCCAGUGUCAGGAGGCAGAUAGCACAAUUAAAUCGUAACAUCCGUUCAAUUUUAUGUAUUUUAAAUGUUUUAGAAUUGUAUAUACGUUUAAGGGGCAUAAUAGGGUGUGUGUUUCAGCGUCUUACAGAGCCAGUUAAAGUGAACCGUUCAGAGAUGUGCCAUUUGCUCAACAUGCGUACAAUAAGUGGUGGGGCAGUUCCUAGAGUGAGCCAGCUGAGAAAGGAGUAGUCACUACAGACUGCUGUGUCAUUUAUUAAGGGAGGGACCUGAUUAAAACAUGAAAUGUCGAAAGUCCACCCUGUUGGAGCUAAGACUGCAAAGACUUGUGUACAUUAUAGCAAUAUGAAGUUUUUCCAUUUUCAGCACUUCAGAAAUUCUGGGAAAACCCCUAGGUUAUGGUACAGAGAAGUACAGGGGGUGGACAAAAUAACGGAAACACCACAUGAAAAAAGAGUUUAACUUUGAAGUAACUAAAUCACAACUACAAAUGCAGCUGCAAAGAUCAAGACAGUUCCUGCUGAUCCAGCGCUGUGAAAGCUGUAGCGAUUCGUUGUGCCUGGGGAAUUUUUAAAGUUUUCAUCCGUUCCGAAAAUGAAACUAAAGGAAGACAUCAAUCCUCUGCUUUUACAAGUAUUGCGCUCCAUCAUAUGGGUUUACUCCGUUAUAACGUUUUUACCAUGGUACCUUCUCUCUGGGGCCAGCCAGAAUCUGGAACGAGCAAAGAGAGUCAAAGCAAGACCUGUGAAUAACCAGCCCGGAGGACCCUACCGCUCAGUGAACAGUAUGAGCUGCCUGGCCUCUUCCCUGUACCCUGGCUGUGACACUCUGGACAAAGUGUUUGAAUAUGCCAAAAACAAGUUCUCCACCAAUCACUGCUUGGGAACUCGCGAGUUGCUUAGUGAGGAAGAUGAGGUCCAGCCAAAUGGGAAAGUGUUUAAAAAGGUCAUUCUUGGCGAGUAUAGGUGGCUGUCCUACAAGGAGACCCAUCUUGCAGCCGCCCGGUUUGGUAGUGGUCUAGCCGCCUUGGGUCAGAAGCCAAAGUCCACCAUCGCCAUUUUCUGCGAGACGAGAGCGGAGUGGCUGAUAACCGCACAGGCCUGCUUCAUGUACAACUUUCCCCUUGUCACCUUGUAUGCCACGCUUGGAGGGCCUGCUAUUGUUCAUGGGUUAAAUGAAACAGAAGUCACCCAUAUCAUCACCAGUAAGGACCUCCUUCAAAGCAGAUUGAAGGCAAUCUUACUUGAGGUUCCAAGGCUUCAACACAUUAUUAUUGUUGAUGAUAAAUCAAGUACGUGGAUAGAUUACCCCCGAGGUAUAACCAUUCACAAUAUGGCAGAAGUGCAAGCUUUGGGAUCCAAAGAGGAGAACAUGUCGAAGCCGCGCUGCCAGCCUGCCCCCUCUGACAUUGCCGUCAUCAUGUACACGAGUGGAUCCACAGGGAUUCCGAAGGGGGUGAUGAUCUCCCACAGCAAUCUGAUUGCUGGGAUAACGGGGAUGGCUGAAAGAAUCCCUGACCUUGGUGAGAAUGACACGUACAUUGGGUACCUUCCACUGGCCCAUGUGUUGGAACUCAGUGCUGAGCUGGUCUGUGUGUCCCAUGGCUGUCGAAUUGGGUAUUCAUCCCCACAGACGUUAGCAGAUCAGUCUACAAAAAUCAAGAAAGGAAGCAAAGGAGACACCAGUGUACUGAAGCCAACGCUGAUGGCAGCUGUGCCAGAAAUCAUGGACCGCAUCUACAAAAAUGUUAUGAGAAAAGUAGAGGAGAUGAAUAGCGUACAGCGAACUCUGUUUGUCUUGGCCUACAAUUAUAAAAUGGAGCAGAUUUCCAAAGGCUACAGCACUCCGCUCUGUGACAGUUUUGUCUUCCGAAAAGUGAGGUCCUUGCUGGGGGGCAGGACCCGAGUUCUCCUUUCUGGGGGCGCCCCCCUGUCCGCCGCCACCCAGCGGUUCAUGAACAUCUGCUUCUGCUGCCCGGUGGGACAGGGCUACGGGCUCACGGAGACCUGCGGCGCGGGCACGAUCAGUGAAAUGUGGGACUACAGUACAGGCCGUGUAGGAGCUCCACUGGUGUGCUCUGAAAUCAAACUAAAGAGCUGGGAAGAGGGGGGCUAUUAUUGCACUGACAAACCAAACCCAAGAGGGGAGAUUCUCGUUGGUGGACCUAAUGUCACAAUGGGAUACUAUAAGAAUGAAGCCAAAAAUAAAGAUGAUUUUUUUGUGGAUGAAAAAGGACAACGAUGGUUUUGCACGGGAGACAUAGGAGAAUUUCACCCAGAUGGAUGCCUUAAAAUUAUUGACCGAAAGAAGGACUUGGUAAAACUUCAAGCAGGAGAAUACGUCUCUCUUGGAAAAGUAGAAGCUGUUUUGAAGAACUGCCCAUUAAUAGAUAACAUUUGUGCAUAUGCCAACAGCGAUCAGUCCUAUGUGAUUGGCUUUGUGGUACCCAAUCAGAAGCAGCUAAUGGCACUUGCAGAACAUAAGAAAGUAGGAGGAACAUGGGAGGAGAUUUGCAAUAACUCAGAGAUGGAAAAGGAGGUCUUAAGAGUUAUGGCUGAAGCUGCUAGCGGAGCCAAAUUGGAGAAGUUUGAAAUUCCAAUGAAAAUUCGCCUGAGUGCUGAGCCUUGGACGCCCGAGACUGGCCUGGUCACAGAUGCCUUCAAACUGAAAAGAAAAGAGCUCAAGACUCACUACCAAGAUGACAUUGAGCGGAUGUAUGGUGGAAAAUAACUGCCUAAAGUUUUACCCUGCAGUGACAAGCUCAGAUCAAACAGGAAUUUACUUGAAUCGCCUUCCUUCACUUGAGACCAAAAACAAGGGCAGUGUUUCAAUUUUUCCUCAUCAGAUACAUCAGAUACAUCACACAGGAUUUUCAUACAGAACCUUCAGAGAAAACAGAUUCAAACACUCUUGGGUGGGCAGGUUCAAGGCAUAAUUGGUCCCAAGAAUUUGAAAAGGAGCUGUCAUGUCUGCAUUUGCCCCACGAAACGAUUUCCACAGCCGUCAUUGUUGUAGGACAUGAAAUUGGAUCACGUGCGACAUAUAGUGCAAUCUGUAAAGUCUUUGGGUGCUGGUUAUUAGCAGGGGUGAAUUAUACAUUAGGUUUUAGCUCAUUUUGAACCCCUCCCUGAAUGUCUGUUUGAACAUCAGUAUUUUAGCCAUGAGAUCGAAUGCUGAUAUUCUUUUUAUUUAAAAAAAAAACAGAUAAAUGUUUCUUUGUGUUGUGGGUUUGUGUGUCCAAAAUAAUGUCUCCAGGUUUUAUGGUUUACUAUCUUAAAAAAUCAACAUAAUGUUUUUUUUACCCUAAUGUUUCAUGUGCCUAAAGCAAAGAAUUACCCUAUAGUAUACCUGUAAUGUAGGUAUUAGCUGAAUUGGUUUAUGUUGCAUUGAUGUGAAAACUAAGCAAGAUUGAAUGCAUAAUGCAAUAGUGAUGGGUUUAAGUAAAAUAUUAAAUGUACUUCAUAUAAGUUAUUUGGCAACAAAUACCUCAUACAAUUUCAGUAUCUAUUGUCCAGAAACUAUUGUUAGUUGCCUCUUAAAUAUUUUCAAUAUUUGAUUAUUCUUGCAUAAGCUGGUCUUAUUUCCACAAAAUCCACCUAGCCUGCAGGACAGGAAACAACUGGGAAACAAAAUCCUGUGUUCAUUGGUAUGAUUUAGUUUUCAAACUUUCUAACCUAAUCAGGUACUAACCCAGUUCCCUGAGGUAUACGUUACAAAAGAUUGGUCCCUUAGAAAAUGUGAAAUUGUAAGAUCUUUAAAAUCAGUUUUGCUUGUUACAGAUUUCCAAAAACUUAACCCAUCACCACACAUGGAUGACCAUAAUAAUUAUAAGGAGAUCUGAGGGAAAGCAGAUACCUAGCAUAUAUGUUAAAUGCUUGUCACACAGAAACGAUCUUAAGGCAUUAUUCUGUAAUACAUCAACAUUUAAGAAAACAGUCUGUGCUUGUAAUACACUUAAGUUUUGUAAUCUUCUGAUCCAAUAGGAAUAUAAGCUGAAUGUGCAAUAUAUACCAUUUCUUCAUUCUGAAAUGGACACAUAUUUCCCCACAGUGCAUGAAUGUUUACUUGGCAAGUUUUUGAAAAGGAAAUGUGCAAAAUGAUAUGCUUAGCACUCACAGGUUUAAACUAUUUAUUGCAACUGUUUUCAUUCUGUGUUUGUAACAAUAAUAAAAGGUAUCAUUUGUACUUUG